GCUCCGCCCCUCGCGUUUGUCGUAAACCAGCAGUCUGACGGGAAUAAGGCAGAAAUAAGAGCGUCCAGGACUCGCCUCUUUCUCCAGGGCGCACACUCGGACCUCAGUGAACGCGGUACGCACGGAGGACACUUGGCGUCUGGCGGUCGCGCGCACAUCCACGGGCUUGUGGCAGCUUCAGCAAACUCGCUCGCGGGCUGAACCAUGUCCUUUAGCCCCAAACAUUCAACUCCUUUCUCAGUGAGCGAUAUUUUGAGCCCGAUCGAGGAGACCUUCAAGAAGUUUGCAGCUAUGGAGAGCAGCGCGAGCCUGGCGUCUCCUCUGUACAGACAGACUCAGGUGUCUCAGGCGAACCUGCAGCAGCACAGCAUGAGCCAUAACACCUACCACAUGCCGCACUCUCAGUUCUCGCACAGCGCCAUGGGAGGAUACUGCAACGGGACUAUCGGCGCCAUGGGAGACCUUCCGUCCUACCAGGAGAGCAUGAGGAACGGCGCGACGGCGACGGCUUGGUACGGCUCGAACCCGGAGCCGAGAUACCCGACAAUCUCCAGGUUUAUGGGUCCCUCAGCGGGCAUGAACAUGGGAACAUUACCGGGCAUGGAUGCAAGUAAAUCUAUGGUGACUUUACACGCGGCGCCGCGGAGGAAACGGCGCGUGCUCUUUUCUCAAGCGCAGGUGUACGAGCUGGAGCGGCGGUUUAAGCAGCAGAAGUAUCUCUCGGCACCGGAGAGGGAACAUUUGGCCAGCAUGAUUCACCUGACCCCGACCCAGGUCAAGAUCUGGUUCCAGAAUCACAGAUAUAAAAUGAAGCGCCAGGCGAAAGAUAAAGCGUCCCAGCAGCCGGACACCGGAAACCUGUGUGCGCAACAGUCGCCGAGGCGCGUGGCAGUGCCAGUGCUCGUUAAGGACGGUAAACCUUGUCAGAACGGGUCCAGCACGCCGACGCCCGUCCAUCAGCAGGUGCAGAACGUGAUGGGCAGUGAGACUUUAGCUUCAGCCGAGGAUCUGGAGGAAAUGUCGCCCAGUCCUCCUCUGAUGAACAGCCUCUCUCAGACUGACGCCGCGCUCAUCGAGUACACGAGCAGCAUGGUGAGCUCCAACCUGCUGUACGGCAGAACAUGGUGACAUUUCACCCACCAAUCACCAGAGAAACGGAUCAAUAUGUGAAUUUCCACAGACCUUUUUUUAAAAAUAAUUUUUAAACGGCACUCGUCUGAUGCAGGACCCUCAUCAUGUGAAUUGUAUGGAUUGUAACUUUAAAUCAUUAUUGAAUGAAAAGCUUCACGCGGAUGAGGAGUGCGCGCGCGUGUGUGUGAAGACUAGUUUAGUGUGAUGCCAUUAAUCCGACAUCGUUUUUGUUGCUUUGUAAAAUACAAGCUGUAGAUGAAGAAAUGUUUUGUGUAAAUAUCUAACACUGGACAAAGAAUGCUUUCUUGAAGUCUUUUGUAAGUUUAAAAGGAAAACAAUAAAUAUGAGUGCUGCAAAUAUGAAAGAAACUACUUGAAGUGUAAAACCUUUUUUUUUUUGUUCCUCAAGAAGUUGAAGCAAAUCAAGAGAAUUAUCCGCAUUAUUUUUAUUUAAAAUACUAGUUUUGAAAAACUAAUAACAUUUGUUAUAAAUUAGACCAAUGAAAUCUCAAUGAUUACACUAAAUAUAACUGCGGAAAUACGAAAUUUAGAUUUAAAAUACACAUUUUUAAUACAUCAACACGAAUUCGUAUUUUCCCCGCGACAUCAAAAUAAUUUCAAUCUACAGCAAGAUUUUUUUACCGUUCACUUUAAUAAACAUUUAAGAAACAAACAUUACCCAAAUUAGUAUUAUUAAAACAGUUUUUAAAAUUAAACGUGUAUAUUCACCUUUGUGUUUUGCGUUGCUCAAUCAAAUCUGAUUUUUCUUGAUUCAAAAGAAAUAAUUAUCUAACAGGGCAAAAAUUAAAACAAAGUGCAGCUUCUAUUAAAACAGGAG